AUGCCAGACGAUGAAAGUGGGAGCAAAGUUGAUCUGGAUGACCUAUUUAGUUCUAGUUCAAAAGCUCCAAGCUCCAGCAGCGACAACAAUCUAGAUGACCUAUUACUUGGUUCAUCGUCCAAUAGCGAUGAAAGUGCACAAUCGGACUCGUCCUCAAGCGAUGAAAAUGCAGACAGUGAGGAAAGCGGUAGCGAGGAGAAUAGCAGCUCGGCUGAAGCCUCCAUGGCGACGGCUUCAUUAUCAGCGUCAGCUUCCGUUGAUGGCAGUGGAUCUGCGUCGUCCGGUAGUGGUAGUAGUAACAACGGCGAGGAUAGCCUUCUCGACUCGACUUUCGGAUCGCAGGGUGCAAGCGCUUCGUUGAGUGCCAGUGAGUCCUGGGACGAUGUGUUUAAGAAUGAUUCCGAGACCGAUUCCGCUAGUGAGGACGAGUCUGCGGCUAGCAGCUCAUCCGGAACAGAGGCUUCGGAUUCUGCUGCAACAAAGGCUCCUGAUGCUGCAGCUACUGAAACACCAGUAACGACAGAAACCCCUGCGCCUGUCGUCUCCGAGGAAGACUCUGUCCAGCUAAGUGAAAGCGUUGGUGGUCCCCAUGGAAACGAAUUCACGGAUAAAGCUGCAGUAUCUGGAGGGCAAACCAUUGCGUCGAUUACGAUUAGAGCUGGUAAGCGUGUAGAUGGUAUUUCACUUAAAGUCACAGCACCUACCGCGACGAUAUUCACUCACGGUGGAACCGGAGGAGACUUGAAUACUCUCUCGCUUGGUGCUGGUGAGUACAUCACGUCGAUGGAGGCUCAUUGGGGAAAGAGAAAUGACCACACACGCAUUUUCUAUUUGAGCUUUGGUACGAGUGCGGGUCACACGAUAUCGGGAGGAACAAAGACUGCAGAAAGCAAGUCGCUACACCAUCGGUGUCAUCAACGUCGGCUUCUGCGUCGGCAUCGACCGCAGCAUCGGAUGCGUCGGAAAGCCGAGCCGGCCAGCGAGGACGCGUCUGCGGCCAGCGAAGACACAUCUGCGGCCAGUGAGGAAACCGGAAGCUUGUCGGAAUGGACGACUACACCGGUGAAGGGCAAGAAGACUCCGUCUACCGAGUCAGCGUCCGCCUCGACGUCGGCUUCUGCGUCGGCAUCGACUGCAGCAUCGGAUGCGUCGGAAGCCGAGCCGGCCAGCGAGGACGCGUCUGCGGCCAGCGAAGACACAUCUGCGGCCAGUGAGGAAACCGGAAGCUUGUCGGAAUGGACGACUACACCGGUGAAGGGCAAGAAGACUCCGUCCACCGAGUCAGCGUCCGCCUCGACGUCGGCUUCUGCGUCGGCAUCGACUGCAGCAUCGGAUGCGUCGGAAGCCGAGCCGGCCAGCGAGGACGCGUCUGCGGCCAGCGAAGACACAUCUGCGGCCAGUGAGGAAACCGAAAGCUUGUCGGAAUGGAUGACUACACCGGUGAAGGGCAAGAAGACUCCGUCCACCGAGUCAGCGUCCGCCUCGACGUCGGCUUCUGCGUCGGCAUCGACUGCAGCAUCGGAUGCGUCGGAAGCCGAGCCGGCCAGCGAGGACGCGUCUGCGGCCAGCGAAGACACAUCUGCGGCCAGCGAAGACACAUCUGCGGCCAGUGAGGAAACCGGAAGCUUGUCGGAAUGGACGACUACACCGGUGAAGGGCAAGAAGACUCCGUCCACCGAGUCAGCGUCCGCCUCGACGUCAGCUUCUGCGUCGGCAUCGACUGCAGCAUCGGAUGCGUCGGAAGCCGAGCCGGCCAGCGAGGACGCGUCUGCGGCCAGCGAAGACACAUCUGCGGCCAGUGAGGAAACCGAAAGCUUGUCGGAAUGGACGACUACACCGGUGAAGGGCAAGAAGACUCCGUCCACCGAGUCAGCGUCCGCCUCGACGUCGGCUUCUGCGUCGGCAUCGACUGCAGCAUCGGAUGCGUCGGAAGCCGAGCCGGCCAGCGAGGACGCGUCUGCGGCCAGCGAAGACACAUCUGCGGCCAGUGAGGAAACCGGAAGCUCGUCGGAAUGGACGACUACACCGGUGAAGGGCAAGAAGACUCCGUCUACCGAGUCAGCGUCCGCCUCGACGUCGGCUUCUGCGUCGGCAUCGACUGCAGCAUCGGAUGCGUCGGAAGCCGAGCCGGCCAGCGAGGACGCGUCUGCGGCCAGCGAAGACACAUCUGCGGCCAGUGAGGAAACCGGAAGCUCGUCGGAAUGGACGACUACACCGGUGAAGGGCAAGAAGACUCCGUCCACCGAGUCAGCGUCCGCCUCGACGUCGGCAUCAUCAUCGUUGGAUGCCUCAUUGUUUGCUUCUGAUUCUACUGAUAGCCAUGUUGACGACUCAAGCUACCCAUUGGAAGGUAGUCAAAACUCUGAUUCUCCGAUUCAAAUGGCGGAUGAACCCAUUUCGACGAAAGCUCAACGUAUACGAGGCUCAACCAAGUUUGCGAAGCCGUCACAAUCUCUCCGUGGGAGUACAUUCAGCUCGUCUGACUCGGAUAAUACCCCUUUCCAGCAAUCCUAAACCAUGAAGAUGAACUGAAGGAGUGGGUGUCGACGUAAGACUCCCACGAUGCGUUCUCUGAUGAAAAAGGCGUAACCAAUACACUGCGUAUACCUACUUGUUUCA